AUGAAGGACAGCGCCGGUGUGGGAGAAGAGUUGAGGCAGAUUUAUUUGCCCGGGCGCCGCUCCCACCACCCCAACGGCGCGCCAUGCCAGAGAACUCCUAGCCCUAAGUACCAUGCAAAAAACGGGAUUCGCAUCAUCCACACCGAGCUCGUCUUCUUUUUCUCGUCCCUCGUACCUUCGUCGUGUUUGGUUGACCUCCCAAAUCCCAAUCCAACCCAACGCCAACGCAUCCCUCCACAUAUCCCUCCUCCGAUCCACAGCCGCCGCCGCCGCCGCGCCGUGGUUAGCGCCAGCACCGGACGCUUCAGACCCGCCCCGCCAUCCCCUUCCCGCUCCCGCCUCCCACCUCGCGUCUCCGCCAUCGCCCCGCUGACAACCGUCCCCAUUUUUCCUCAUCGCGACGCCGUGUUCCUGCUGUCUCCAACCCCCUCUGCAAUCUUUGGCCAUUUGGUGUUGAGGAAGAAUACCAUGGAGAUCAGACCCAUGGUAGCUCUGCGUGCAGCCCUAGUUGGUGGUGUAGCAGCAUUUGCGAAAAUCGCUGGGGCGAUGAAAGCUGCAGGAGGUGUGAAGGUUGGUGCAGCGGCUGCAGCCAUGACAGCAGCAGCAACGGCUGCUGUAUCCGGGAAAGACACGGCUAAUGAUAACCAAAAGCCAGGAGGAAAAUGAUAUAUGCCAUGAAUUUGGUUGAGAAGCAAUGCAUGAAAAUUGCUUCUCCAGAAUUUAGAUCAGCAUUCAGCAGUUUAUCAGUGCUGAAGAGCUGUGGAAGCUAAUUGUGGUCUUCGACAUGAUAAAAUAAGUUAUCGGAGCAAUUUUAAUGAUACACGUGUUAUCUACUCUGGUAUAAGAGUUAUAUUGUCCUGAGUUCCUCUAUUUAUGAUUUGGUUCCAUGCAA